UUUUUUUUUUCAAAUAAGGAGAAGGGCGCGGGGGGAGGGCGGUGGCAGACGGCAUCGCCUGCCCUGGGGAGCCCGUGACAGGGGGCGCACGGGGGCAGGGGUCUGGUCCCCGGGUCGCGCAGCAGAGCAGUUUCGCGUUCGAGCUCUUAUCGGCGUGGGGGGAGAGGUGGGACACGCGGGCGCGUGCACUCCCCCCGCCCAGCAGCCAGCCUUGGGGGGGGGUUGAGGGGGAUGGGGGCGCACUCGGAUCCCGCUCGCUCUCUGCUCGCUCGCUCGGCGCGGCGCUGGGGGAGGCGGGAGCGUGAGUCACGGCGACUCCCGAUUUAGGUGCCGGAAGGGGGGCUCUGCUGGCGGGGGCCGCAGGGAGGAGGCUCGCCUGUUUACUCGCCUGAAAAGGGCACGGGGGUGCGCUCCGCGGCUACCCGGGACCUUCCUCAGUUUACCUCUCAGAAGCGCUUUAGAAGAGGCAUGGAUGUAUAGAGCGGUGGGCGGGCAGCUGCGGUAUCCGCCACAGGGUGUCUUCCUGGAGCCACAAGGGAACCAAUGGGACACACCCCAGAAAUACCCCAGAGGCCCCAGGCCGACCACACACAUACACUCACGCACACGCACACACUAACAUACAUAGACGCCCUCCGACACUACAGUCAGACGACAGAGGCCGAAUCGCGUGCACAACUCCGCAAGCACACACCGACCACAAACGCAACCAAGCGCUUGAGAACACAUUCACAGUCCCGAGGCCACCUGAAAAAAGACCACGUAGGGAUGCACAUCCUCCAAAUAGGUAGCACAUGUGCGCACACAUCCUUCACCCACAGACACACACAGUUAUACACACAGCCAAAUCCAGAGAAACGGGCAGACAACAGCAGCCAACCACGUGCGCACACACACUUCCAGCAGACACUGAAAACACAGACAACCCUCGGAAGAGGCCACGUGCGCGCACAUCCCGCCCCGGGCCCGCACCAUCACUAUCCUCCGACGCACAGACAGGAGAUCCCACACACUCUGCCGCCGCCCGCUGCAGGCACCGCGCCGGUGGCACUAGGACCACUCCUCAAAAACUACCCCCGGCCAGGGGUAGCGACGAGGACACGCCAGCACCGGACUCCGCCCUCGCCAUGAUGGACCGACUGACUGACACUCUGGCAACCAGUCCGGUGUCUUCUUCCAGAUCGGAUUAACCGUUUAACUCCUUCGUGCCCGUGCGCGCCGCGGCCAAGCAGGGUGCUUUGAAGACAGCCGAGUUCCAGCGCCCCCUCCCAGCCCGGAGCGGGGAUCUGCGUAGGCGGGAAGGGCCCCCCCUCCUUAGGUAGCUGCCCCCCGCUGGCCCGGACGGAGGAGGAGGGGGGCGGCGCUGACAGCCGCGGCGGGCGGGGGGCGGGGAGGGGCGGGACGGGGCGGAGGAGCCGGGGCUGGCGCCGAGCUGGGCGCGGAACGCGGAGCGCGGAGAGCGCCGCCCGGCACUGAGCAGAGCUCCAAGCGCCGAGAGGCAGCCGCAGAGCCCGGCCCGGGGGCGAUUGGCCCGCAGCGCCCCCGGGUCUGUCCCCGGGGCGCCAUGGCCCUACUGCGGCCGGGCGCACCCGCGGGGCCCUGGGCUCGCUGGCUUGUGCGCAGCUAAGCGGGGUGUAGGUUGGAAGGGCCAGGGCCCCCCGGGGCGCAAGUGGGGGCCGGCGCCAUGGAGCCCCCGACCGUCCCCUCGGAAAGGAGCCUGUCUCUGUCACUGCCCGGGCCCCGGGAGGGCCAGGCCACCCUGAAGCCUCCCCCCCAGCACCUGUGGCGGCAGCCUCGGACCCCCAUCCGUAUCCAGCAGCGCGGCUACUCCGACAGCGCGGAGCGCGCCGAGCCGGAGCGGCAGCCGCACCGGCCCAUAGAGCGCGCCGAUGCCAUGGACACCAGCGACCGGCCCGGCCUGCGCACGACCCGCAUGUCCUGGCCCUCGUCCUUCCAUGGCACUGGCACCGGCAGCGGCGGCGCGGGCGGAGGCAGCAGCAGGCGCUUCGAAGCAGAGAAUGGGCCGACACCAUCUCCUGGCCGCAGCCCCCUGGACUCGCAGGCGAGCCCAGGACUUGUGCUGCACGCCGGGGUGGCCACCAGCCAGCGCCGGGAGUCCUUCUUGUACCGCUCAGACAGCGACUAUGACAUGUCACCCAAGACCAUGUCCCGGAACUCAUCAGUCACCAGCGAGGCGCACGCUGAAGACCUCAUCGUAACACCAUUUGCUCAGGUGCUGGCCAGCCUCCGGAGCGUCCGUAGCAACUUCUCACUCCUGACCAAUGUGCCGGUUCCCAGUAACAAGCGGUCCCCGCUGGGCGGCCCCACCCCUGUCUGCAAGGCCACGCUGUCAGAAGAAACGUGUCAGCAGUUGGCCCGGGAGACUCUGGAGGAGCUGGACUGGUGUCUGGAGCAGCUGGAGACCAUGCAGACCUAUCGCUCUGUCAGCGAGAUGGCCUCACACAAGUUCAAGAGGAUGUUGAACCGUGAGCUCACACACCUGUCAGAAAUGAGCAGGUCGGGAAACCAGGUCUCAGAGUACAUUUCCACAACAUUCCUGGACAAACAGAAUGAAGUGGAGAUCCCAUCACCCACGAUGAAGGAACGAGAAAAACAGCAAGCGCCGCGACCAAGACCCUCCCAGCCGCCCCCGCCCCCUGUACCACACUUACAGCCCAUGUCCCAAAUCACAGGGGUGAAAAAGUUGAUGCAUAGUAACAGCCUGAACAACUCUAACAUUCCCCGAUUUGGGGUGAAGACCGAUCAAGAAGAGCUCCUGGCCCAAGAACUGGAGAAUCUGAACAAGUGGGGCCUGAACAUCUUUUGCGUGUCAGAUUACGCCGGAGGCCGCUCGCUCACCUGCAUCAUGUACAUGAUAUUCCAGGAGCGGGACCUGCUGAAGAAAUUCCGCAUCCCUGUGGACACGAUGGUGACAUACAUGCUGACGUUGGAGGAUCACUACCACGCUGACGUGGCCUACCAUAACAGCCUGCACGCAGCCGACGUGCUGCAGUCCACCCACGUACUGCUGGCCACGCCUGCGCUAGAUGCAGUGUUCACAGACCUGGAGAUUCUUGCCGCCCUCUUUGCGGCUGCCAUCCACGAUGUGGAUCACCCUGGGGUCUCCAACCAGUUCCUCAUCAAUACCAAUUCGGAGCUGGCGCUCAUGUACAACGAUGAGUCGGUGCUCGAGAAUCACCACCUGGCCGUGGGCUUCAAGCUGCUGCAGGAGGACAACUGCGACAUCUUCCAGAACCUCAGCAAGCGCCAGCGGCAGAGCCUACGCAAGAUGGUCAUCGACAUGGUGCUGGCCACGGACAUGUCCAAGCACAUGACCCUCCUGGCUGACCUGAAGACCAUGGUGGAGACCAAGAAAGUGACCAGCUCAGGGGUCCUCCUGCUGGAUAACUACUCCGACCGCAUCCAGGUCCUCCGGAACAUGGUGCACUGUGCAGACCUCAGCAACCCCACCAAGCCACUGGAGCUGUACCGCCAGUGGACAGACCGCAUCAUGGCUGAGUUCUUCCAGCAGGGUGACCGUGAGCGCGAGCGUGGCAUGGAAAUCAGCCCCAUGUGUGACAAGCACACUGCCUCCGUGGAGAAGUCUCAGGUGGGUUUUAUUGACUACAUUGUGCACCCAUUGUGGGAGACCUGGGCGGACCUUGUCCACCCAGAUGCCCAGGAGAUCUUGGACACUUUGGAGGACAACCGGGACUGGUACUACAGCGCCAUCCGGCAGAGCCCGUCUCCACCACCCGAGGAGGAGUCAAGGGGGCCAGGCCACCCACCCCCGCCUGACAAGUUCCAGUUUGAGCUGACGCUGGAGGAGGAAGAAGAGGAAGAAAUAUCAAUGGCCCAGAUACCGUGCACAGCCCAAGAGGCAUUGACAGCGCAGGGAUUGUCAGGAGCCGAGGAAGCUCUGGAUGCAACCAUGGCCCGGGAGGCAUCCCCGGCCCAGGAGUCAAUGGAAGUUAUGGCACAGGAAGCAUCCCUGGAGGCCGAGCUGGAGGAAGUGUAUUUGACACAGCAGGCACAGUCCACAGGCAGUACACCUGUGGCUCAGGAUGAGUUCUCGUCCCGGGAGGAGUCCAUGGUUGCUGUAAGCCACAGCAGCCCCUCUGCCCUGGCUCUUCAAUGCCCCCUUCUCCCUGCCUGGAGGACCCUGUCUGUUUCAGAGCAUGCCCCGGGCCUCCCGGGCCUCCCCUCCACGGCGGCCGAGGUGGAGGCCCAACGAGAGCACCAGGCUGCCAAGAGGGCUUGCAGUGCCUGCGCAGGGACAUUUGGGGAGGACACAUCCACACUCCCAGCUCCUGGUGGGGGGGGGUCAGGUGGAGACCCUACCUGAUCCCCAGACCUCUGUCCCUGUUCCCCUCCACUCCUCCCCUCACUCCCCUUCUCCCCCAACCACCUCCUCCGCUGCCUCAAAGACUCUUGGCCCUCCUGAGAAAAAAGAAAACGAAAAGUGGUUUUUUUUUUUUCUCUUUUCUUUUUUUCCCCUUUCCCCCUGCCCCCACCCACGGGGCCUUUUUUUGGAGGUGGGGGCUGGGGAAUGAGGGGCUGAGGUCCCGGAAGGGAUUUUAUUUUUUUGAAUUUUAAUUGUAACAUUUUUAGAAAAAGAACAAAAAAAGAAAAAAAAAAGAAAGAAACACAGCAACUGUAGAUGCUCCUGUUCCUGGUUCCCCCUUUCCACCUCCAAACCCCUCCCCUCACCUUCCCCCACCGCCCCCCAAGUUCCAGGCUCAGUCUUCCAGCCGCCUGGGAGUCUCUACCUGGGCCCAAGCAGGUGUAGGGCCUCCUUCUGGGCUUCUGAAUUUUGAAGGAUUUCUAGAACAUGGUCAGGAAUAGCCAUUCUAGGUGGGGCUGGGGCCAGGGUGGGGAGCAGUCACUGUGGGAGGUCCCAGCUCCGGCACCCGUCUGGUUUGCUGCCUCCUCUCCCCCCUAAAAAAGUCUUCCGCUUGAUUUUGCACAAUCCCAGCGAUACUCCUGGCGAUACUGACUAGAAAGGCAGGGAGCUGGGGGAGCUGUUCACUUUAGGAUACGGGGGUGGUGUGGAAGGGGGCGUUCACACCGCCAGCCUCAGGCCUGGGAUUUGAGGAGGGCCCUAGACCUCCUCCACUCUCCAUCCCCUUUCCCUUCCAUUUUGGGUUCACUUUGAAUUUUCUCCAUUUUGGGGGGUGGUGGCUCUGAUCCACUCACACCUCCCCCCCACCACCCCACUUCUAGCUGCUUCUCCUCUUGUUUCUGCCUUAAUAAUUCCCACGGCCACAGGCAAGGGGGUUGCAGCGGCCGCCUGCACCUUGGGUGAGGCAUGGCCAGGCGCCCAGAACCCCUAUCCUGGCCGCACCCCCCUUUCCAGGGUUCCCCGGACCCCACCUUCCACUCUCUGAUCACAGCCCCCCGACCUUUUGCCCUAGAAGGAAGCAAUAAUGGUGUAUACCUUCAUUCUCAUUCCUGGGCAACCCUUCCUUCCACCCUGGCACCAAAAUAAUUUCUCCUCCAUCCGUACCUUGCCAAGCCUCUCCCUCUCCCCCAGCUAGUCCCUGAGCAAUACAGCAGACAGAUGCAAGGCCAUUUUUCUCCAAGCCAUGGGGGACUGUUUGGAAGGAAAGACCCCCUCUCUCCCUCCUCCCCUCGCCCCUCGGCCUGGUUCUGCAGCUGGACCAACCUCAUCACCUGCCCCCUACCCAAUUCUGAGCACACGGUACUGUAGCCCCCAGUUCCUCCCUAGCCUUCCAUCCCUCUGUCCACCCCAGGGGGAAGUAACCCCCCACUCGCACUCCCUUGAUGCUGUCUGUACAGGGUUCAUAUUUUGUAGCGAAAGUCGUUUUUGUCCCAGCCGGCGAUCGGAGUGGGCCUUUUCUUUCUUUUUGUUCAUUCUUUAUCUUUUUUUCUUUUCUUUCUUUCUUUUUUGUACAUACUGUAAGGUUGGUUUGUAAAUUAUUCUAUGGAGGCAAAAAGGGAAAAUAAAAACUUGCCCUUCCCUGGCUGACCCAGUCGGGAAGGUAGGGAAGGGGGUCUCCCAUUGGGAGAGUCUCUGUUCCUGCUGUAUUAUACAAACUGUACCAUAGUCCUGGGAAAAGGGUGGACUCACCGCUGUUGUUUUAUGGGAAGUCGUGUCAUCCUAGGGGUUGGGGCUGGGCAGAGCCUGUCCCCUCCCCUUUCUCCAGGAGCCAGGGGGUGACUGGAGAGACAGACCCCACCCCCAAGCAGGGCUCCUCUCCCCAGGGUGGGCACAGGACCUCUGUAAGCUGCUUGUGUAUUGUCCACUUUGACGAUCAGUCAUUUGGUCUGUUGAUCAAUAAUCCUUUGAUCUUGUCUCCAAUUAAACCGAGGCUUUCGCCGA